ACACGCAGAAGGCAGAAGCAGACCACCUGCAGACCAGGAAGAGGCCGGAGGAGCGAGCUCGCCUCGCCGGCAGAGGCCAGAGCUGCGCGGUGCGGAGCCAUGAGAGGGGACGACGGGGGGGAGGAGGAGGAGGCGGCGGCGGCGGCGCCGCUGCUGGUGCCGGUGCCGCAGCAGGGGAAGGGGGGCGAGGGCGGCCGGGUGGCGCGGGAGUGGUGGGAGGAGUCGAAGCGGCUGUGGCGGAUCGUGGGGCCGGCCAUCUUCCAGCGGGUGGCGCUGUACGGGAUCAACGUCGUCUCGCAGGCCUUCAUCGGCCACAUCGGCGACCUCGAGCUCGCCGCCUUCUCCAUCGCCUCCACCGUCAUCGCCGGCUUCAACUUCGGCUUCCUGCUGGGCAUGGCGAGCGCGCUGGAGACGCUGUGCGGGCAGGCGUUCGGGGCCAAGAAGCACCACAUGCUGGGCGUCUACCUGCAGCGGUCAUGGAUCGUGCUCUUCCUCUUCGCGCUGGCGCUGACGCCGACAUACGUCUUCACGGAGGACCUGCUGCUGCUCCUCGGCCAGGCGCCGGAGCUGUCCCGCCUCGCCGGCAAGAUGAGCGUGUGGCUCAUCCCGCAGCACUUCGCCAUGGCCAUGCUGCUCCCGCUCACCCGCUUCCUGCAGAGCCAGCUCAAGAACUGGGUCACCGCCGCCACCGCGGGGGUCACGCUCGCGCUCCACGUCCUCGUCACCUACCUCCUCGUCACCCGCUUCCAGCUCGGCUACGCCGGCGUGGUCGUCGCCGCCGACGUCGCGUGGUGGGUCGUCGUGCUGGGGCAGUUCUUGUACGUCGUCUGCGGCGGCUGCCCGCUCUCGUGGAGGGGCUUCUCCGUGGAGGCCUUCGCCGACUUCUGGGACUUCAUCAAGCUCUCCACCGCAUCCGGCGUCAUGCUCUGCCUGGAGAACUGGUACUACAAAGUGCUUGUGUUGCUUACGGGGUACUUGCCAAACGCUGAGAUCGCCGUGGACGCCCUCUCCAUAUGCUUGACGAUCAACGGAUGGGAGAUGAUGAUUCCCAUAGGGUUCCUGGCGGCCACUGGCGUGCGGGUGGCAAACGAGCUCGGCGCGGGCAGCGGCAAGGGGGCGCGCUUCUCCAUUGUCGUCUCCAUCACCACCUCCGUGGUGAUCGGGCUCGUCUUCUGGUGCCUCAUCCUCACCUACAACGACCAGAUCGCGCUCCUCUUCUCGUCGGGGAAGGCCGUGCUCGACGCCGUGCACAAUCUCUCCAUGCUGCUAGCAUUCACCAUCCUCCUCAACAGCGUGCAGCCCGUACUCUCUGGGGUGGCUAUUGGUUCUGGAUGGCAAGCAUUGGUCGCCUAUGUCAACAUCGGAUCCUACUACCUGGUCGGGGUGCCGAUCGGGGUCAUACUGGGCUGGCCACUCGGAUUCGGAGUUCGGGGAAUUUGGUCUGGGUUGAUUGGCGGGACCGCUGUUCAGACGCUGGUGUUGGUCUAUCUCACCAUGAGAUGUGAUUGGGACGAUGAGGCCAAGACCACCAGUGCACGGAUGAGAAAAUGGGCCAGCACAAAAUGAGAGCUACUCGACAAUAUUCUUGUCAACUUUCAGCUCCCUUUGACAUAGGGGAAAAGGAGCUCGGCAGCAGGAGGUUCAGAAGUAAAAACGUUCAGAAUAUGGGGAGGAAGUAGUUGAGAAGAAAAUGCGGGCGUGUGUUUCGCUAGGGAGCAAGCAUGCCGGCGGCCUGUUUCUCAAGAUAUCCGUUGGUCACGAAAAUUCAGUGUGGUAUCAGAGAGCUCAAAACCAUGUAUUUCUACGAUAUCUAAAACCAUAUGUAGUACGAAGAGAAAAGGAGGAAUGUGGUAUAAAUUCAAAUUCCACCAAGACGAAAGCAAAACAUCGAGACGUUGAUUUGA